CAUCUCAUUUGUUACGAAUCUUAUCUCUCUCUCUCUCUCUCUCUCUCUCUGUCUUUUCUCUCUCUCUUAUUUCGUCUCUCCUUUGGUAGUGAAGAUGGAUAUGUACAAAGAUGAUAGCUCCCCAUACUGUUAUUUCCAUCCAAAGGAAGAAUAUGUUGGAGUGUGUCCUCUCUGUCUGAACGAGAGGCUUCUGGUUCUAGCUUCGAAGCAGAGUUCAUCAAGAACCAAACACUCUUCAUCUUCACCAAUCAUUAGCCUCCCUAAGAUCUUCACCUUGAGCUCUCUCCUCAGUCGCCUCGAUCUCCGUCACCACCGAAAAUUCCAUUCCUCUUCCGAUCUUGACGUCUCCACAAGCCAAGAAGAUUCUUUUAUAUCAAUAAAAUUUGAAAACGAUGGGAACUCGUCAUGGGAGAGGAAAACAGUGUCGAAGGCUUGUGAAGAUAACACAAACUCAACAUGUAAGAAGCAGCAAGCCCCUAUAACGAGCACUACGAGUAUCGUAGAGCACAAUAGUGCCAAGUCAUCUCUUAAGUGGCGCAAACGUAUUGGUCACCUUUUCCAUGUCAUCAAACUCAGAUCAGGAUUUCCCACCUCUUCUUGUCAUGUGGCACCUUCCAAGGUCGAAGGAACCAAAGUGAGAAAACAUGGCUGGAUGGUGAGGACCUUAACCAGAAGAAAAUCCAGGAAAAGUAAAACUUGAGUUUUUGUUUUCAUAUAUUUAUUUAUUAAACUUAGACGAAUAUGUUGAUGCUUUUGUUUAAAGAAGAAAUAUAUGUUGAAGUUUUUUU